AUGAUAGAUACAAAUCCUUCCUUCUUUUCCCAGUUCACUGUUGUCAUUGCGACACAGCUUCCUGAGAGUUCUUUAUUGAAAUUAGAUAGUAUCUGCGGGAGCGCAAAUAUUGUUUUGGUUGCUGCGCGUUCAUAUGGUUUAACUGGCCUUGUCAGGGUCAGCAUCAAGGAGCACUGUGUUAUAGAAUCAAAACCAGACCACUUCUUGGAUGAUUUGCGGUUGCACAAUCCCUGGACUGAACUCAAGCAAUUUGCAAAGUCAAUUGAUAUAUGCGACAAGGAUGCCGUUGUGCACAAGCAUACUCCAUACAUUGUUAUCCUCGUGAGGCUUGCAGAAAAAUGGGCAGAUGCGCAUGAUGGGCAGUUACCUUCGACCAGGCAAGAGAAAAGGGAAUUUAAGGACCUAAUUCGAGCCCAUAUGCUUAACGUAGAUGAAGACAAUUACAAAGAAGCAGUAGAAUCUUCAUACAAAGUUUCAGUAACUCCAGGAAUCAGUGAGUUGAUAAUCCGUCAGAUAAUUGAUGAUAGCUCCUCUGAAGUCAAUUUUUCUUCUUCAGAUUUUUGGGUUUUAGUGUCUGCUUUGAAGGAAUUUAUCACAAAUGAGGGUAAUGGUGAGCUACCUCUCGAGGGAACAAUACCUGAUAUGACAUCACUUACCGAGUAUUAUGUAAGCCUACAAAAGAUUUACCAAGCUAAGGCUGAAUCUGAUUGCCUUGCCAUGGACCAUCGUGUGAAGAGUAUUUUGAAGCGGAUUGGUAGAGAUCCUGAGUCUAUUUCAAGGGCAUAUAUCAAAACAUUUUGCAAAAACACUAGAAAACUCAAAGUCUGUAGAUACCGCAGUAUGGAGGAGGAGUUUAGCUCUCCAGUCCUAUCUAAAGUUCAAAAGUACUUUGCCGACGAAGACAGUUGCUACGCAAUGAACUUCUAUGUUCUGCUACGUGCUGUUGACCAGCUUGCUGCCAGCUAUAACAGAUUACCUGGAAUAUUCGACAGCAUUGGGUCCACUAGUGAGAUUGUUGAGGAUGUUCCUAGGCUGAAGGCGGCUGCUGUCUCGGUGCUGAGUGACAUGGGUUUGAAGGGAGCAUCCUUGUCUGAAGACCUGGUUGCUGAAGUGUGCCGUUUUGCGGGUGCAGAGAUUCACCCCGUUGCUGCCUUCAUUGGCGGAGUGGCCUCCCAGGACGUAAUCAAGCUGGUGACCAAGCAGUUUGUGCCGCUGAAUGGAACAUUCAUAUUCAACGGAAUCGACCUCAAAUCCCAAGUCUUGGCCUUAUAA